GCAAUAACUGACAAUGCAAUUUAGGUUGAAGGAGUAGAAAGGGAAGCUCAAAUUAAAGCUGACAUUGACAACCUUCAAUUCCUUCUAAUUGAUUCAUCGUGUAAACACCAAUUAGAUAUUCGUUAGGAACGGUUUGCAUCAUCCCGUGCAUGCCACGUGGGAUUGUGAGCCCCCAUCUACACCGCAACCACCGAGAAUAAAUCCCCAACUACCACCACCGCUCUGCGUCUCCGUCGUCGUCUCCAUCAGCACUCCCCAAAAUCCCUAAUCCCUGAAUGGACCAAAUCCCCUGAAACCCUCAUUCCCAAUUUGAAAUUCAUGUCUCCCUCCCCUCUUCUCGUGCUCUUUAUUGUAUUUCUAGGGUUUUCUUGCUUCUGCCACGCUCUUAAGGUCCCAUUCAGAGUCAACGAUGUUCUCCCCGUUCUCCCUCACGGCAUAUCGUGGCCGGUUCUCAACAAUUUCCACAGCGCCGUCGAUUUGCUCCCUUCUUUCGUUGGUUCCGUGACUCCCACCAACGGUACGAUUCAGUGGAAAGGUGCUUGCUUUUACGAUAAUGAAGCAAAGCUUGAGUUCACCGCCAGUGGCACCGAUGGUGCCGGUUUGGGUGGUGCCAUUCUCUAUCUCAAGACAGCGGCUGCACACAGCUGGACCUGCAUGGAUCUGUAUGUUUUUGCAACGCCGUAUAGGAUUACAUGGGACUACUACUUUGCUGCACGAGAACAUACUUUGAAUUUCGAUUCAUGGGAAGAGCCUGCAGAGUUGGAAUAUGUAAAGCAGCACGGGGUUUCUGUGUUUCUCAUGCCAUCAGGGAUGCUGGGGACGCUGCUUUCUCUAAUUGAUGUUUUGCCUCUUUUCUCUAACACUGCAUGGGGUCAGAAGGCCAACUUAGAUUUCCUAAACAAACACAUGGGAGCUACAUUUGAGAAACGCAGUCAACCUUGGCAAGCAACUAUUGAUCCUGCAGAUGUUCAUUCUGGAGAUUUUUUAGCUGUGUCAAAGAUCCGUGGUAGGUGGGGAGGUUUUGAGACACUAGAGAAGUGGGUGACGGGGGCAUUUGCUGGUCAUACAGCAGUUUGCUUGAAGGAUGAGAUGGGCAAUUUAUGGGUUGGUGAAUCUGGGCAUGAGAAUGAAAAGGGUGAAGAAAUAAUAGUGGUAAUUCCAUGGCAUGAAUGGUGGACAUUAGCUCUUAAAGAUAAUUCCAACCCACAGAUAGCCUUGCUUCCCCUGCAUCCAGCAUUACGUGCAAAAUUCAACUCCACAGCGGCAUGGGAGUAUGCGCGGAGCAUGUCUGGCAAGCCAUAUGGUUAUCAUAAUAUGAUAUUCAGUUGGAUUGAUACUGUAGCUGACAACUAUCCUCCACCUCUUGAUGCUCACUUGGUAAUUUCUGUCAUGUCUAUGUGGACAAGAAUGCAGCCAGCUUAUGCUGCAAACAUGUGGAAUGAAGCUUUGAAUAAGCGAUUAGGGACUGAGGGUUUGGAUUUGCAUGACAUUCUAGUUGAGACUGAGAAGCGUGGGAUAGCUUUUGAUCAAUUACUUACCAUUCCAGAACAAGAUGAAUGGGUAUACAGUGAUGGGAAAUCAACAACAUGUGUUGCCUUCAUUCUUUCAAUGUAUAAAGCGGCUGGAAUUUUGGGUCCCAUUUCUAGCUCCAUUCAAGUAACUGAAUUCACAAUUCGCGAUGCAUACAUGCUUAGGAUUUUUGAGGAUAAUCAAACUCGUCUACCAAGAUGGUGCAACAAUGAGAAUGACCGGCUUCCAUUCUGCCAAAUUCUUGGUGAAUAUAGGAUGGAAUUGCCUGGUUAUAACACUUUGGAUCCGUAUGCCAAUAUGAACGAGCAAUGUCCUUCCCUUCCUCCAACUUAUGUUAGGCCCAUGAAAUGUUAGUUCUGUCUCUUCUCUGUCAUUUCCAUCCUUACCUUGAGGCUCCUAAUAGUUCGCUAUUGUGGAAUUGUCUAUAAAACAUGGGACACAUUGCAG